AUGUUUUCCGUAACUGAGAUGCAUGAGAAAAAUCUCAUUGAGAACUACUGCAGGAAUCCAGACAGCUCCCCGAAAGGACCUUGGUGCUUCAGCCGAGACCCGCUGGUGAGACGCGAGGAAUGCAUCAUGCCUAUCUGUGGUCAGCCCCUCAAAUCGGCACCUGCUGUCCCUGAAACUCCGGUGUACGAUCAGAAGGGCUGUAUGCACGACUACGGUCUGGAAUACAGCGGCACCAUGGCCGUCUCUGCAAGCGACAUACAGUGCCUAAAGUGGAACUCCCCUAAGGCCAUCAAGCUUAGCAAAGGCAAGACAUUUUUACCCGAGGUGAAACUGGUGGAAAACCACUGCCGGAAUCCUGACGGAGACCUGGAAGGUCCUUGGUGUUACGUCGACCACCCAAACAUGACAUUCGACUACUGCAACAUCAAACUGUGCGAUGACCCACUGGACGCAUUUGAGGAAGAAGAUACACUCAGUGGUCGCACGGUUUUACAAGACCCGCGUAUAUCCUUCUUCAACCUGAAAAGUUUUGGCAAAGGCGAAGAUGAAUGUGGAAUCAGGCCCAAGUUUGAGCAGAUAAAGGUGAAGGAUCAGAACGAACAGGAGCUGACUGAUUCCUACGCAGCGAGUCGGAUUGUGAAGGGGGUCGACGCUCAGGAGGGCAGCGCACCCUGGCAGGUAAUGCUGUACCGGAAAGCCCCACAGGAGCUGCUUUGUGGAGCCAGUCUCAUAAGUGACCAGUGGAUACUGACAGCUGCCCACUGCAUUCUCUACCCACCCUGGGACAAAAACUUCACAGCUAACGACAUCUUGGUCAGAGUGGGCAAACACUACCGCUCCAAGUUUGAAAGACAAACUGAAAAAAUUGUUGCUCUGGAUGAAAUUAUUCUCCACCCCAAGUAUAACUGGAAAGAGAACCUGGACAGAGACAUUGCUCUCUUGCACCUGAGGAAACCACUGACCUUCACAGAGAACAUCGCGCCCAUCUGUCUGCCCACCAAGAAAGUUGCUAAGACGCUAAUGUUUGCCGGGUUCAAGGGCCGUGUGACAGGCUGGGGAAACCUGUAUGAGACGUGGACAAGCACUCCCCAGUCUCUACCGCAGGUUCUGCAACAGAUUCACCUGCCCAUUGUUCAGCAGGAGACCUGUCGUGAUUCUACCAAGAUCAGAGUGACUGACAACAUGUUCUGUGCAGGAUUUGGCCCAGAUGAUUCUAAAAGUGGCGAUUCCUGCGAGGGUGACAGUGGGGGUCCAUUUGUCAUGAAGAACCCAGAAGAUGACCGCUGGUACCAGAUUGGAAUAGUGUCUUGGGGAGAAGGCUGCGACCGUAAAGGCAAAUACGGAUUUUACACCCACCUUUUCCGUAUGCGAAAAUGGAUGCUGAAAACCAUAGCGGAUGAAGAAAGCGAAUCGUGAAAGUUAAAACAAACCAUAAGUUUGCUUUUUUUUUUUUCUCAUAGUCCUUUGUGUGUAGUAAUAAUAAAAAAUAAAUAAACACAAA